AUGACUAGGAAAAAGGUGAAGCUCACCUUCAUUGUCAAUGACGCUGCUCAGAAAGCAACCUAUAAAAAAAGAAAGAAUAAUUUAUUGAAGAAGGUCGAUGAACUAAGCACGCUUUGUGGUAUUGAAGCAUGUGCUAUAGUUCAAGGUCCUCAUGAACCUCAACCUCAUAUUUGGCCAUCAUCAUGGGGAGUUCAUAGGGUGCUCUCAAAAUUCAGGACUAUGCCUGAAUUAGAGAAGAACAAGAAAAUGAUGAACCAAGAGACAUUCAUGAGGCAACGGGUUUUGAAGGCUAAGGAGAAAGUGGAAAAACUAAGGAAGGGAAACAGGGAGCAAGAGAUGACAAUGAUCAUGUUUCAAUGUCUUAAUUAA